AUGGCUGCAGCCAGUGCCGGACCUGACGUCUGCAAACUAUACGAGCUUGCAGUAGAGGGCCUGCCUUUUAUGGAGAAGAAACUGGUUCAGCGUCGCUUGAAAGAAGCCAUACUCAAGACUAGCUGCCUCUAUGGAGUGCCUCGGUCUCUUCAGGCUCUACUGCCUCUUUUUGCCAUGAUCCCGGACGACGAGAUAGACCAUUAUGGCCCACGUUAUGAGUCCAGAGAUUCGGAUGAUGCUCAGAAAGCGCGACAAGAAAAGGGUAUGCGGUAUUUCGACACGAUUUGGGGCGAAGAAGCAGCACAGUUCCACCGUGACCGCAAUUUCAAAUACCAGCCGGAUCUGUGCAAAUAUUUGUCCCACCCAAUUCGAUCCAACUCUAUUGUCACUCGGACCCUUGAGAAGAUGUCAUCACCGCACCCUGAUCAGCCACUCCCUUCGACGCGUCGACUAGUCACUCAGCACAACGAUGACGGCAAGGCGAUUAUUGGCCGCCAUGGCUUGAUACAUGGCAAACACACUCCCCAUGGCCCUUGGAUCCAGCUUCUCUGGUCCAGCGAGUCUCUCCCUCCGACCCUCAGCUCCGACGACGACUUUGGUCUCGUCGAUACGGGAAUGUCUAAUAAUGGCACCAUUGUACGCAUUGUCGACUUCCCCCCCAGAUCCAAGGGGCUUGUUCACCGCUCCAUCACACUUGAUUACAUUUUCGUCCUAAAAGGGUCUGUACAGCUGGUUCUGGAUGAUGGGUCGCGCACAAAGGUCAGUGAAGGAGAGGCGGUCAUCCAGCAAGCCACGAUGCACAGCUGGGAUAAUGAAACUGACGAAUGGGCGAGAUUGUUUUGUGUACUCGUCGCGUCUGAGAAGCCCGUGGCUGGUGGUAGGAUACUUGAGAAACAUGUUCUGUUCAACAUUUAG